AUGGAGUACUUAAAGGAAUUGGCCGGUAAGUUAUGUACCAUUUAACAUAUUAAAUUUGUAUUGUGUGAGAUACUGUAUUAGAUACUUACUUUAAUAUUUUAAAAACAAAUAAUUUACCAAAAGAUGACAACAUCGAAGAGGCUACAGCUUGUGGCCCGAAAAAGGAAACCGGUGAUGAUGAGGCACCUAUUGAGUUUAUUGUUACACACAACAAAACCAAUUAUACUGUUUCCAUGCCGCUGUCGUCCACAAUAAAGGAACUGAAAGACAAAAUGUUCGACAUCAUAGGUGUGUCCAGCCAGGUACAAAAAGUCAUGGUUAAAGGUCUAGCAAGAGAUGACCAAACAUUAGAAUCGUUGAACAUCAAUUCUUCCUCCAAGAUUAUGGUAGUGGGCAAUAGAUUAAUAGAUAUAAUAGCAGCUGCAAGAGUUAAUGAGGUUUUUUAUACUAUUUUUUUGUUAAUUAUUAAUCAAUGCAUUUUCUACUAUUCAUGCGUUUUCUAAUAGGAUCCAAGCACUACCAAACCAAGCACAUCUGCUAAAGAACCAUUAUGCAAGUCAAAAUUACACUUGAAAAUGGUGGAAAAAGGUAUACCGGACAAUGCAAUGAUUGGAAUUUUAAAUAUUAAGGUAUGGUAUUCAUUAAUUUUGUUUUUAGUAUUAAUUAUAUUCUUAUAAAAUUACAACAAGAAAUAGUUAUAAUUUCUAAAUUAGUAGAGUAUAGAUUAUAGGUAACAAUUUAUUUCUAAAAUAGAUUGAUGAUGGAAAAUAAAUUUAAAAGAAAAAUGUGGUAACUAUUUGAUAAAAUAUAAUUAGAUUACCAAGUAUUAUCAUUAAUUUUUUUUUAAAUUAAUUAGACAUAAAAGGAAUAGUGUCAUCAAUUUUACUAUCCAAUAGUUUACUAAUUUCAAAAAAAUAUAUUUAGUUAUAUAAAUAUACAUAUAUAUUUAUAUUUAUAUACUAUUCACCUUUUUAUCACUUUUUACCAUUUUAUCUAAAAGAAUAAUAUGGAUGACUGUAGGUUUAUGAUCAUUAAAUAUUAUUUAAAAACGUAAAGAUAAAAUAAUUUAUGAACUAAGAUGUCAUUUUAUUAUUAGAUAUAUUUACUUUUUAAAUACCUAUCAUGUUUGCUAUAUUUUAUUUUACAUAAUAUUGUGUUCAAAUGCUGGAUUCUUAUACACAAGCUAAAACUGUUGAUACAUAAUUAUUUAAACAAUUAAAUUUUAAAUAAUAAUAUUAUUUUUUUUGGUUUUAGGAGUCAUUACCAAUACGCCCAUUAAGUGGAAUGCUUGAUAAAUAUGGGGCGAAAGUAAGACUGACAUUUAAACUUGAAUUGGAUGAACUCUGGAUAAGUACCAAAGAACGAACUCAAAAAUUACCUAUGGCUAGUAUUAAAAAUAUUGUGAGUGAACCGAUUGAAGGAUAUGAACAGUAUUAUAUAAUGGUACGUUAUCAAUAGUUUUAUAAAAUAGAAACCUAAAAAUAAAUAAUAAAUCUAUUUCAAAUGUUCACAUAAUUUCUUAGUUUAUAUGUUUGUAGUGUCAAUAAUUAUUACAAACAAUAAAUUCUUGAACAAUUAAAAAAAAGAACGAGGUACCUAUCCUUUUACCCAUGAAUUAAGCUUAAUUAGCAUUUUAAUUAAGUACCUAAUAGUGUAAGCAUAGUGAAAUCUGUGUAAUAAGAACAAUGGUUAGUUAGAAAAACCCAUUAAUUUAGACGAAUAUAUUUUACCAAAAUAUAUAUAAGGUAUAAUAUACCUUAUAACUUAUGACAGAAUUUUGGAUUUUUGGGAUUUAGGGAAAAAUGGUGUAUUUACAAUUUGCCCCAUUAGAUAGUGAAAUCUACUUUAUUGGCAUAUUUUAAUUUCAUGUUGUAAAUUACUGAGUACAUUCAGGGGUAAAAUGAUCUAUUAGGAAAAUGAAAUUUUUCAGAUAGCCUGACCCAUUCCAACACCUGGUUAACAGUUUUCCAGUAAUAAUGAUUUGUCCAUUAUUGAUAUUAAUAUUAUUGUAAAUUUUCAAUUGAAAAAAAAAAUUACUACAAACACAUAUUUUAAUAAAUUUUAAGUAUGUAAUUUCCAUCAUUUAAUUAUUUAUUUUCUAAAUAAUUGUGUUUUUUUUUUAUUUUGAGUAUAAUUAAUAUACACAAUAUUUUACAGUUGAUUUUAUGUUAAACCGCAAAGCUUGAAAUAAUUUUUUAUUAAAUUUGAAUAAAGAAGUAUAGUUCAUUGAUUAACUAAAUAAAAUUUUACUUAGUUAUAUAUUCUAGGCUCCAAAAAAAAAAAAAAGUAGUAUUGAAAUGAAUGUUAGGAGAACUAUAUGUUCAGUAUUUUAUUGUGAAGAGGAUCAUUUGAUUAAAUGUUUGUCAUGUAUUGUAAAUAUGUAAUAGGACUUCUACUAUUACUUCUACUACUAGAAUAUUUAGUAUAUUUAGCAUAUUUUGGAAUAUUUUAUAAGUUAUUAGAAAAAAAUACUAAUUUAUUGUAAUUUUAAAUUAUUAUUAAUAAUUUUAGUUUUGAUACAACUGAAAAAAGUAAUUUUACAUUCAUUAUAUAUAUAUAUUUAACAUUUUGCUAAAAUAAAAAAAACAUAUCAUAAAGCAGCAUUGAUUGUUUGCAUAUUUGCAAUAAAAUAUAAUAAAAUAUAAAUAAAAUAAUUUUUUAAUAAAAUAUAAAUUGAGAUAUUUCUAUAAAGUUACAAACUUAAAUAGGUGGUUAUUUUUUGUUUUUAAUGUAUUAUUUUAUCUAAUUUCAUGCAUUCAAUUAAACUUAUAGAAAUAAAGUGUUUUUUAACAUAUUUAUUUGUUAUUUUAUUUAUAGGGUUUUCAAUUGGACAAGACAGAAGCUUCUAAUUACUGGUUAUAUUGGGUACCAGCGCAGUAUGUGGAUUCCAUAAAACGGGCUGUGUUUGGUGGUUAA